AUGGAAGCGAUCUUAGCAAGGUUGGAGAAAUUGGAGAGUCUACGUCGCAAAGACCAAAGAGCUGUGGCCAACCUUCUGGAGAAACUGCAAGAUGAAGAAGAGGAGGUAGAAAUGGCCGAGAAUCAGUCGUCGAAGGAUGCGCUCGUGUUGUUUGAAGCGGAGAAGGAGACACCGGGAGACACGGCGGCGGAGGAUGACGAGGAUGACGUGGUGACACCGUUGGUGCGUCGACAAAUUAAACGACCUCUCUUGAACGUGGUGACUGAUACGGCGGAUAAAGACGCGCUCGUGUUGUUUGAAUCGGAGAAGGAGACACCGGGAGACACGGCGGCGGCGGUGGUGCGUCCUAGACGAAUUAAACGACCUGUCUGGAACGUGGUGACUGGGACAGCGGAUAAAGUAAUCUCCACGGCGGCGGCGAGUAUUCUAAAGCCUACACAGAGACCGGAUGGUACUCUAAGGAAAGCAGUGAAGAUUCGAGACGGAUGGGUUUCAGAAGACGAGGUGAAAUCCCCCGAGAGUCGAAAGCGUACAUGUGGAGAAGAUCUGGAGAAACCUCAGCAGCAGGUGGGGGAGACUCAUACUCAUGGAUUUACACCACCGGCUCCACUGUCAAAGAUAAUCCCGACCUCUCCCGCUCCGGCGUUGACAGAUGAGGGAGACACGGCGGCGGGGAAUGAUGUCAAGGAUGCCGUGGUGUCACCGAUAUCUGGAGAUUGCACAGGGGCGGAGAAUCAGUCGAAGGAGGGAGACCAAAAUGUUGUGGUGAUCCUUCUCGAGAAAAUGGCUAACGAUGAAGAAGAGGAGGUAGAUCCGAGUGUGAAGAACGCGGCGGCGAAUCAGCCGAAGGAGGGAGACAUGGCGAGGGGGAAUGAUAUCAAGGAUGCCGUGGUGUCACCGAUAUCUGGAGAUAGCAUGGCAGCGGAGAAUCAGUCGAAGGUUACUCCACCGCUUCUUCACCGAAUCUGUUUAACUUUACAGUCACGAGGGAGCCAAAACGCUGUGGCGAUCCUUCUCGAGAAACUGGCAAACGAUGAAGAAGAGGAGGUAGAUCCGAGUGUGAAGAACCCGGCGGCGAAUCAGUCGAAGGAGGGAGACACGGCGGCGGGGAAUGAUGUCAAGGAUGCCGUGGUGUCACCGAUAUCUGGAGAUGGCACAUCGACGGAGAUUCAGAGGGAGACCACAAUGCUGUGGCGAUCCUUCUCGAGAAACUGGCUAACGAUGAAGAAGAGGAGGAGGGAGACACGGGCGGGGAAUGAUGUCAAGGAUGUCGUGGUGUCACCGAUAUCUGGAGAUGGCACAGCGGAGGAGAAUAAGUCGAAGGAGGGAGACCAAAACGCUGUGGCGAUCUUUCUCGAGAAACUGGCUAACGAUGAAGAAGAAGAGGUAGAUCCGAGUGUGAAGAACGAGGCGGCGAAUCAGUCAAAGGAGGAAGACACGGUGGCGGGGAAUGAUGUCAAGGAUGACGUGGUGUCACUGAUAUUUGAAGAUGGCACGGCGGCGGAGAAUCAGUCGAAGGAGGGAGACACGGCGGCGGGGAAUGAUGUUAAGGAUGUCGUGGUGUCCCCGAUAUCUGGAGAUGGCACAGCGGCGGAGAGUAAGUCGAAGGAGGGAGAUCAAAACGUUGUGGCGAUCCUUCUCGAGAAAUUGGCUAACGAUGAAGAAGAGGAGGUAGAUCCGAGUGUGAAGAACGCGGCGGCGAAUCAGCCGAAGGAGGGAGACACGGCGGCGGGGAAUGAUGUCAAGGAUGCCUUGGUGUCACCGAUAUCUGGAGAUGGCACGGCGGCAGAGAAUCAGUCGAAGGAGGGAGACCAAAACGAUGUGGCGAUCCUUCUCGAGAAACUGGCUAACGAUGAAGAAGAGGAGGUAGAUCCGAGUGUGAAGAACGCGGCGGCGAAUCAGUCGAAGGAGGGAGACACGGUGGCGGGGAAUGAUGUCAAGGAUGACGUGGUUUCACUGAUAUCUGAAGAUGGCACGGCUGCGGAGAAUCAGUCGAAGGAGGGAUACCAAAACGAUAUGGCGAUCCUUCUCGAGAAACUGGCUAACGAUGAAGAAGAGGAGGUAGAUCCGAGUGUGAAGAACGUGGUGGCGAAUCAGUCGAAGGCAAUCUUAUUGUUUGAAGCCGAGAAGGAGACACCGAGAGACACAGCAGCGGCGAAUGAUGGUGAUAUCAAGGAUGCCGCGGUGUCACCGGUGGAGGGAGACACGGCAGCGGGGAAUGAUAUCAAGGAUGUCGUGGUGUCACCGAUAUCUGGAGAUUGCACAACAGCGGAGAAUCAGUCGAAGGAGGGAGACCAAAACGCUGUGGCGAUCCUUCUUGAGAAACUGGCUAACGAUGAAGAAGAGGAGGUAUAUCCGAGUGUGAAGAAUCAGUCGAAGGAGGGAGACCAAAACGCUGUGGCGAUCCUUCUCGAGAAACUGGCUAACGAUGAAGAAGAGGAGGUAGACCCGAGUGUGAAGAACGCGGCGGCGAAUCAGAGGGAGACACGGGCGGGAAAUGAUGUCAAGGAUGUCGUGGUGUCACCGAUAACUGGAGAUGGCUCGGCGGCGGAGAAUCAGUUGAAGGAGGGAAACCAAAACGAAGUGGCGAUCCUUCUCGAGAAAUUGGCUAACGAUGAAGAAGAGGAGGUAGAUCCGAGUGUGAAGAACGCGGGGGAGAAUCAGUCGAAGGGAGACACGACGGCGGGGAAUGAUGUCAAAGAUGCCGUGGUGUCACCGAUAUCUGGAGAUGGCACGGCGGCGGAGAAUCAGUCGAAGGAGGGAGACCAAAACGCUGUGGCGAUCCUUCUCGAGAAAAUGGCUAACGAUGAAGAAGAGGAGGUAGAUCCGAGUGUGAAGAACGCAGCAGCGAAUCAGUCGAUGGAGGGAGACACGGCGGCGGGGAAUGAUGUCAAGGAUGCCGUGGUGUCACCGCUAUCUGGAGAUGGCACGGCGGCAGAGAAUCAGUCGAAGGAGGGAGACACGGCGGCGGGGAUGAUGUCAAGGAUGCCAUGGUGUCACCGCUAUCUAGAGAUGGCAUGGCUACGUAGAAUCAGGUCGAAGGCUAUCGUGUUGUUUGAAGCCGAGAAGGAGACACUUGGAGACACAGCGGCGGCGAAUGAUGGUGAUGUCAAGGAUGCUGUGGUGUCACAGGUGGUGCGUCCACGAAUUAGACAAAUUAAACGACCUUGGAACGUGGUGACUGAUACGACGGAUAAAGUAAUCUCCACAGCUUCUUUGCCAAAUCUGUUGGAAAAGGAGACACCGGGAGACACGGCGGCGGCAAGGAUUCUAAAGCCUACACAGAGACUGGAUGGUGAAAUCCCCUUCGAGUCGAAAGCGAACACGUGGAGAGGAUCUGGAGAAACCUCAGCAGCAGGUGGAGAUGGCUCGACGGCGGAGAAUCAAUCGAAGGAGGGAGACCAAAAUGCUGUAGCGAUCCUUCUGGAGAAACUGGCUAAAGAUGAAGAAGAAGAGGUAGAUCCGAGUGUGAAGAACGCGGCGGCGAAUCAGUCGAAGGGAGACACGGCGGCGGGGAAUGAUGUCAAGGAUGACGUGGUGUCACUGAUAUCUGGAGAUGGCACGGCGGCGGAGAAUCAGUCGAAGGAGGGAGACCAAAACGAUGUGGCGAUCCUUCUCGAGAAACUGGCUAACGAUGAAGAAGUGGAGGUAUAUCCGAGUGUGAAGAACGCGGCGGCGAAUCAGUCGAAGGAGGGAGACACGGUGGCGGGGAAUGAUGUCAAGGAUGCCGUGGUGUCACCGCUAUCUGGAGAUGGCACGGCGGCAGAGAAUCAGUCGAAGGAGGGAUACACGGCAGCGGGGAAUGAUGUAAAGGAUGCCGUGGUGUCACCGCUAUCUGGAGAUGGCACGGCGGUGGAGAAUCAGGCUAUCGUGUUGUUUGAAGCCGAGAAGGAGACACAUGGAGACACAGCGGCGGCGAAUGAUGGUGAUGUCAAGGAUGCCGUGGUGUCACCGGUGGUGCGUCCACGAAUUAGACGAAUUAAACAACCUUGGAACGUGGUGACUGAUACGGCGGAUAAAGUAAUCUCCACUGCUUCUUCGCCAAAUCUGUUGGAAAAGGAGACACCGGGAGACACGACGCCGGCGAGGAUUCUAAAGCCUACACAGAGACCGGAUGGUACUCUAAGGAAAGUGAAAUCCCCCGAGAGUCGAAAGCGUACACGUGGAGAGGAUCUGGAGAAACCUCAGCAGCAGGUGGGGGAGACUCAUACUCAUGGAUUUACACCACCGGCUCCACUGUCAAAGAUAAUCCCGACCUCUCCCUCUCCCGAGUUGACAGAUGAGGGAGACCAAAAUGCUGUGGCGAUCCUUCUCAAGAAACUGGCUAACGAUGAAGAAGAGGAGGUAGAUCCGAGUGUGAAGAACGCGGCGGCGAAUCAGUCGAAGGAGGGAGACACGGCGGUGGGGAAUGAUGGCAAGGAUGCCGUGGUUUCACCGAUAUCUGGAGAUGGCACGGCGGCAGAGACUCAGUCGAAGGGAAACCAAAAUGAUGUGGUGAUCCUUCUCGAGAAAUUGGCUAACGAUGAAGAAGAGGAGGUAGAUCCGAGUGUGAAGAACGCGGGGGAGAAUCAGUCGAAGGAGGGAGACACGGCGGCGGGGAAUGAUGUCAAGGAUGCCGUGGUGUCACCGAUAUCUGGAGAUGACAUGGCGGCGGAGAAUCAGUCGAAGGAGGGAGACCAAAACGCUGUGGCGAUCCUUCUCGAGAAAAUGGCUAACAAUGAAGAAGAGGAAGUAGAUCCGAGUGUGAAGAACGCGGCGGCGAAUCAGCCGAAGGAGGGAGACACGGCGGCGGGGAAUGAUGUCAAGGAUUCCGUGGUGUCACCGAUAUCUGGAGAUGGCACAGCGGCGGAGAAUCAGUCGAAGGAGGGAGACCAAAACGCUGUGGCGAUCCUUAUCGAGAAAAUGGCUAAUGAUGAAGAAGAGGAGGUAGAUCCGAGUGUGAAGAACGCGGCGGCGAAUCAGUCGAAGGGGGGAGACACGGCGGCGGGGAAUUAUGUCAAGGAUGCCGUGGUGUCACCGCUAUCUGGAGAUGACACGGCGGCAGAGAAUCAGUCGAAGGAGGGAGACACGGCGGCAGGGAAUGAUGUAAAGGAUGCCAUGGUGUCACCGCUAUCUGGAGAUGGCACGGCGGCGGAGAAUCAGGCUAUCGUGUUGUUUGAAGCCGAGAAGGAGACACCUGGAGACACGGCGGCGGCGAAUGAUGGUGAUGUCAAGGAUGCCGUGGUGUCACUGGUGGUGCGUCCACGAAUUAAACGACCUUGGAACGUGGUGACUGAUACGGCGGAUAAAGUAAUCUCCACUGCUUCUUCGCCAAAUCUGUUGGAAAAGGAGACACCGGGAGACACGGCGGCGGCGAGGAUUAUAAAGCCUACACAGAGACCGGAUGGUACUCUAAGGAAAGCAAUGAAGAUUCGAGACGGAUGGGUUCCAGAAGACGAGGUUGUGAUUUAUCGACAUCCACAUUCUGAGGUUCAGAUAGAGCUCUCGCAUGUGAAAUCCCCCGCGAAUCGAAAGCGUACACGUGGAGAGGAUCUGGAGAAACUUCAGCAGCAGGUGGGGGAGACUCAUACUCAUGGAUUUACACCACCGGCUCCACUGUCAAAGAUAAUCCCGACCUCUCCCUCUCCCGAGUUGACAGAUGAUAUUAUCCUCAUCACCAACGUUGUUGAUUCUUCUCAGCCUUCUAAUGGCUUCCUUUUUCGACACCACGUCACGUGUAUGUAA